AUAACUUAUAACAUGUGUGUCUCCCCCAGCAUCAACAAAAAGGGGAGCCUGGUGAUCACCACGGCCGUGAAGGGAGACAAGGGCUGGUACACGUGUAAACCCAGUAACGGACUGGGCCAUGCUGAGGCUUCUGCAUAUCUGGACGUCGUCUGUGAGCAAUGUCCAGGCAAGUGACGCCGGCAGCUACAUGUGUACACCCAGCAACAGUCUAGGUCAAGGCCUCAGCUCUUCCAGGGUCAGGGUGCUGGUCAAAG